AUUUGUGGGUUUAACUCGUACCAACACGCAGCCGGACGGUGAACACUGCGCGAUCGACAUUCUCGGUAAAGUGGCUGCCUCCGUCCAAAAGAAAGAGACCUCACCGUUUGGCUCGGCGCCUAAUAAUGACGCGGCAGUACCUAGUGAAGACUACAAAAAGAAACGCAAGCAAAACAAUAAAAAUCGCCUGCGUGGUAAAAUGGUGGACAGUGCAAAACGGCUCCCUCCAGUUGUCAUCGCUCGAUUUGAGACCGUCUGGCUCGACAGCUGGAGGUACCACGAUGCAGAGUGCCACUUUGAGCUGUAUAAAGAAAGAAUGGCCAGCCGGCUAGUGGGUGAAGAUAUCUCCAGGCCUCGAACAGAUCCCCUCCGGCCCGUCGAGGCUGACGAUGGUUUGCAAGCUGUGGUAGACGAGCCGGAUAAUAUCUCGCCACCGAGACGUCACGAAGGCUUUUCGGGCACUUUGAGUGACACCAACAUGGCGGACACCCAGCCAAACCCCGCGCGUGCAAUGAUGCCAGGAAUUGUGGAGGCAGUCAGUUUCUGGGUGGACAAGUUUAUGUACGAGAAAGCGGAAGUGGCUUUUUAUGUUCAGAAGUACGUGGAGCAUGAGCCUGUGCACAAAGUCAAGAGCAGCUCUCCUGAUGGUAAAAAACCUCGCAGUUCCCCCAUGCAGACACCAAAAGCGGCUGCCGGUGAACACCAUGAUGCUGCAAAAUAUGCGGCUUUGGAAAGCAUCUGGUUGCAAAACGCACAGUACCAUGAUGCCGAGGUGCGUUACUAUGAGAGGGAAGCAACCGAACACUUGAAAGCUUGGCAGAGAGCACAGGCUUCAGUUAGUGGUGCUAAAACGAAGAAGUCCAAACGACAGAAGCAAAUCAAGGCAUCCAAACGGGCAACGAAUGAGAUGGAGUUUGUUCCAAGGCCAUUUUCAGUUCAAAUAAGAGAGUCUGCAUUCAAAGGAGUGAUCUGUGCAGGUUCAGAUUCGAUCUCACCGAAUCGGAAGACUUUUGGUGGUGCAAAAAAAAAGUUUAUUGGUAGCGUUUCCCUCCAGCCGCAGACGUCUCCAUGUGGCGUCGCUGCAUCCCAUCGCGGCCUCGGUGUCGCCACUACAACCACCACGACCACCACGAUGCCCCCGGGGCAGCAGCAGCCGCCAACCAUGGCAGCCGUUCCACAACUACAAGAAAGCGUUUGGGUGGACAAGUUCCGUUAUGAUGACGCGGAAUGUCAGUACCAGCAGCAGCUAACCUCACAGAGCAACCAGGAUGCCGAAUCAAGCGGAAUUCUGCAAGACAUUCAGAGAGCAAGGAAUAACAUCCAGAAGUCUCUGGCUGGGCAGGCUCUACAGGCAGCACCCGAGGGGGGCGAGCUGCUUCCUCGACUCAAGGCGGUGGAGCAGGAAAACCGGGAGCUGAAGAAACAUGUUCAAGUUCUGCAACAGGCUCUGUCCCGUAUGGAGAUCCGGCUAUCGACGUUGGAGAAGGGAUCUGCAGGGAACCCACCCGUUGCUGUGGCCUGCAAGCUAGCGCAGGUGAAGGCGGUGGAAGAGGUGAAUGGUAACGCAAAAGAAGAAGACGACGAUAUUGAUCUGUUUGGAAGUGAUGAAGAUGAUGGGGUGGCAGAGAAGCUUCGUGAAGAGCGGGUCAAGGCCUACUCUGAGAAGAAAGCCAAGAAGCCUGUGCUGAUAGCCAAGUCUUCGAUCGUCCUGGAUGUCAAGCCUUGGGAUGACGAGACCGACAUGGCCGAGCUGGAGGCAAAGGUGCGGUCGGUGUCGAUGGAUGGGCUGCUGUGGGGUGCCUCCAAACUGCUGCCCGUUGGCUACGGCAUCAAGAAGCUGCAGAUCCAGUGCGUGGUGGAGGACGACAAGGUCGGCACGGACAUCCUGGAGGAGGAGAUCACCAAGUUCGAGGACCACGUCCAGAGCGUGGAUGUUGCUGCAUUUAACAAGAUUUAACCCCCACCGCACAUCAAGUACUCUUAUUAGAAGAUGAAUAAAGCUCUCUCAACUUG